AUGGACGUCGUCCCCGCGGCGGCAUCUCCCAAUCUUUACUUGCUCGACCUCGUGAGUUCCGGCCCGAAGCUCAUCGACCGUGGCCUCGUUCUCCCGGACGGCGAGGUGGACAACAUCUACCUCCCUGUCGACACGUUCCAGCUCUUACGAAUCGAUGACACUGUCGUGUAUAAGAACAUCAGCGACAUCACGGUGGUUGACAGGAGCCACCUGUACCCCGGACAGGUGGUCGGGUCGGCCUCCGACAUGGGCGGCCAAAUCGGCGUCGUCACCGGCGUCAACACCAUGCUCAACCUGGCCAAGCUCGACAACAAAGGCCUGCCAAUCAAGGUCAUCAGGGGAGUGUCCCCGUCUAGCCUGCGGCGCAUCAGGAGCCUCAACCUUGGCGACUUUGUUGUGUCCGGGCCGUGGCUCGGCCGCGUCGUGGAGGUGUCGAUCGACAUCGAUGUGUUGUUCGAUGACGGAGCCGUCUGCAGGGUCACCGAUGCGGAGUCCAAGAACCUGGUGGGAGUGUGUGUGAACAGGCACACGAGGCAUCGCCACCAAAUGAACAGUAUAUUCCACCAGGGGCAGUCCGUCGGCGGGCCAGACGCUUGUUCAAUCUUCAAGGCGGCGCGGUGGCUUAAUGGCUAUUGGCAUCCUGAACAAGACCUAGGAACCAUCAUGAAGCUGAAGACGUCUGGCGUCCUUGUCUACUGGGUUGCGUCAAUGCAUUGUGGCACCGACAAGGAGCUACUGGAGGCAUCUGCUCCUCCGGCCUACCAGAACCCAGACGAUCUAACAUUCUUCUGUGCCUCGUACAACUGCUGCUGGGGGCUUGCUGACCGCUGUUUUUUUCUUGAAACUUGUUCCAAUGAAGGGGGUGGAGCUUGCUCUCCUGAUCAACAUGAUGAUGAUGAUGAUGAUGAUGAUGAUGAUGGUGAUGAUGAUGAUGAGGAGGAGGAUGAGGAGGAGGAAUAUAACGCAUGCUCAGAGGACAAUCAAGAAGAGUGUGAAGCAUCAACCUCUCAGGUGCUACCUCCCACGAAGCAAAAAGAUCCGAGGUUUUAUCGAAAGCAGCUAAGGAAGCUUGUCUUUGAGGGCCAUAGACGGGCGCAACGGUCACAAGUCAUGAGACAUGUGGAGGUGGAGUUUCCCAUGCUCGUCGCCAACACGCGCACCACCGUAGACGUGGUAUGGCAAGACGGCACACGGCAACAAGGCAGACCUUCAGCGACCAUCGUCCCGUUUGGGAUCUGGAAUGAGCAAGAGUUCUUCCCCGGACAGCAUGUUGUCGCCAACGUUCUUCCUGUCAAUUCUGCCGUUGACGCUACUGCUGAUGUGACAACUACUAGUGUCAACAGCGACAUUGACGCAUCUGGAACUGGACCAGCAGAGCGUGUCGGCAUCGUCAAGAGCAUGCAACACGAGGACCAGACGGUUUGUGUAUCAUGGUUCAAGACGCCAGGGCAUCCUGAUGAGGCUAUGGAAGUCGAGUGCGAUGAUACCGUCAGUGCUUAUGACCUAAGAUUGGACUCUAGCCACUCUGCUUACUAUGGUGAUAUUGUCAUUCGUAUCGUACCAUCAGUAUCAACAGAUGACGGUGGAAGUGCACCCUUGUCACAGGGAAACAAGAAGAAAAAUGUCGUUCCCGCCGAUCUUUCAUGGGUGGGGCGGGUAGUUGAACUUCCUAAUGGGCACGUCCAAGUCAAGUGGGGUGAUGGUAGCAUGUCAACGGUAUCGCCUCAUGAGAUCGUUGUCAUCAAAGAUGAGCACUACAUGGAGCUAUGGCUUGAAAUGGGUGAUUGGGUAGAGGACAAUGGCGUCGAUGACGCACCCGAAGAACCGGUUGCUGCCAACACGAAUCUAGAUAACGAUGUCGAAAGCGUCGGCCCGGCAAUGUCAAGGACAAGACUUUUAGGUUUGUCAUUCUGGUCUUUCCUCCAAUUGACCAGCGACAUGGUGGCUCGAGGUAAAGGAUACUUGAUGAACUGGCGGUCAUCGUCGUCGUCGUUGCCAAGCUCAGAGUUACCCACGCCCAUAAACGAUGAUAGUAUAGGUGGUGCUGCAGUGGAGACCAGCGAUGCUGCUGUAGAUGUGACCAGCCACGGUUUUGACGGUGGGCCAAAGGCUGCAGGUGCUACCUGUUGCUCCGAUGAAUCGUUGUGCUUUCCACGUUUCGAUGUAUUGCAGAUCAGCCCUUUGGAUCACCACUACCUUGACACUACGGACCAGGAAAUGCAAGGCGCUAGUCGUGCGAAGAGUUGGGCUAAAGCAGUGCAAAAGGAAUGGAAAAUUCUGGAGAACGACUUACCAGGAACCAUCUACGUGCGAGCGUUCGAGGACCGCAUGGAUCUGCUCCGGGUGGUUAUGGUGGGCGCAAGCGGGACACCGUAUCAUGACGGCCUCUUCUUCUUCGAUCUGCAGCUACCUCCUUCGUACCCGGAUGCCCCACCGCAAGUGUAUUACCACUCAUUCGGCCUACGCCUCAAUCCAAACCUCUAUGAGUCUGGUACAGUGUGCCUCAGCCUGCUAAACACAUUCGGUGGCGAGGGCACCGAGGUCUGGUCCUCGACGGAGUCGAGCCUCCUCCAAGUCGUUGUCUCCAUCCAGGGCCUUGUCCUCAAUGACAAACCAUACUACAAUGAGACUGGCUACGAGACAAUGGUCGACAAACCGGAGGGCCGCCGCAAUGCGCUGCCCUACAGUGAGAAUGCUUACCUGCUCACCCUUCGGACCAUGCUACACCUUUUACGUCGGCCACCUCAGGGAUUUGAGGAAUUCGUUAAGGAACACUUCCGCCAUCGGGGAAGGUUUGUGCUCAGGGCAUGCAACGCGUGGCUGCAGGGAAAUAUGGUCGACAAUGCUCAUGCCACUGAAGUGAGUAGGAAGCAGCCGUGCUCGGCUGGGUUAAGGCUUGCACUCACCAAGGUAGUGCCAAGCCUCGUGGCAGCCUUCACAGAGAUCCGAGCCGAGGGGUGCGAAGAGUACCAGUAG